GGAGGGGGUCGCGGCAGCGGCAUGGCGAGGUUCCGGAGGGCCGACUUGGCCGCUGCAGGAGUUGUGUUACUUUGUCACUUUUUAACUGACCAGUUCCAGUUCGCCCGCGGAGAGCCUGGAGGUGAAGUCAAUGAUUGGAAGUAUGAGUUUGUGACAGCCUUUCCUCAAGAAGAAGAUGGGGUGCAAGUGGACUCCCAAGCAUACAGACACAGGUGGAAAAGAAACGUGGACCCCUUUAAGGCGGUAGACACAAACAGAGCCAGCAUGGGCCAAGACUCCCCAGAGCCCAGAGGCUUCACCGAUCUGCUGUUGGAUGAUGGGCAGGACAACAACACUCAGAUUGAGGAGGAUACAGAUCACAAUUACUACAUAUCUCGGAUAUAUGGCCCAGCAGACUCAGCGAGCCGGGAUCUGUGGGUGAACAUAGACCAAAUGGAGAAAGACAAAGUGAAGAUUCAUGGGAUUCUGUCCAACACUCAUCGGCAAGCAGCAAGAGUGACUCUGUCCUUCGAUUUUCCAUUUUAUGGUCAUUUUCUACGUGAAAUCACUGUGGCAACUGGGGGUUUCAUAUACACUGGAGAAGUUGUACAUCGGAUGCUAACAGCCACACAGUAUAUAGCUCCUUUAAUGGCAAAUUUUGACCCCAGUGUAUCCAGAAAUUCAACUGUCAGAUACUUUGACAAUGGGACAGCCCUUGUGGUUCAAUGGGACCAUGUCCACCUGCAGGAUAAUUACAACCUGGGAAGCUUCACUUUCCAGGCGACACUCCUCAUGGAUGGGCGCAUCAUCUUCGGAUACAAAGAAAUCCCUGUCUUGGUCACACAGAUAAGUUCCACCAACCAUCCAGUGAAAGUCGGAUUGUCUGAUGCAUUUGUCGUUGUCCACAGGAUCCAGCAAAUCCCCAAUGUGCGAAGAAGAACAAUUUAUGAAUAUCACCGAGUAGAACUACAGAUGUCAAAAAUUACCAACAUCUCAGCUGUGGAGAUGACCCCACUCCCUACAUGUCUCCAGUUCAAUGGUUGUGGCCCUUGUGUAUCCUCUCAGAUUGGCUUCAACUGCAGUUGGUGUAAUAAACUUCAAAGGUGUUCCAGUGGAUUCGAUCGCCACCGGCAGGACUGGGUGGAUAGCGGAUGUCCAGAGGAGGUACAGUCAAAAGAGAAGAUGUGUGAGAGCACAGAGUCAGCAGAGACAUCUCAAACUACCACAGCCUCACACACGACUACCAUGCAAUUCAGGGUCCUGACCACCACCAGGAGAGCCGUGACCGCGCUGCUGCCCACCAGCCUCCCUACAGAAGAUGACACGAAGAUAGCACUGCAUCUCAAAGACAGUGGAGCCUCCACGGAUGACAGUGCAGCUGAGAAGAAAGGAGGAACCCUCCAUGCUGGCCUCAUCGUUGGAAUCCUCAUCCUGGUCCUUAUUAUAGCAGCGGCCAUUCUGGUGACAGUUUAUAUGUAUCACCAUCCAACGUCAGCAGCCAGCAUCUUCUUCAUUGAGAGACGCCCAAGCAGAUGGCCAGCAAUGAAGUUUCGAAGAGGGUCCGGACAUCCUGCCUAUGCAGAAGUUGAACCAGUUGGAGAGAAAGAAGGUUUUAUUGUAUCAGAGCAGUGCUAAAAUUUUAGGACAGAGCGGCACCAGUACUGGCUUACGGGUGUUAGGACUAAAACUUUGCUUAUAACUUUAAGACAAACAGACACACAUCCACAACCACACAAAGAGGCGCCCCAAACUGCUGUAGCCAGAAGGGAGACAAGAUUUCUGGAUGAGCCCAGCCCAGGAACAUGUAAAGGAAAAUUCUGACUUUUACAAGACACCUUGUACACUGAAUACAGAGCUCCCUAGCAGAAUGACAUUCCUGGUUCACAAGGAACAUCUCCUGUGGACUUGCCUGAGUGACAAGAUGACGAUGCUUUUGGUUUAGGUGCAGGGUUGCAAAGGGAUCAAGGAUAAAAUAAUGAUAAUAAAUAAAGCUUUAGUUCACAAGGGAUCUAUACCUUUGGUUCAAAUGUUCUUCUCUGACGUCUCAACGAUAAUCAUGUUCCGAAGCCUGAAGGCUUUCCCUCAAAAGAGCAAAGAUUGCAAGAUCGUGGAAGCCAAUAGUCCAUACGAGAGCAAAGCCAAACACACGGAGGCUUUUGUAUCUUUUCCAAACAGACUUUCAGCAAAAGGAUUUUAUUUUUUGCUGUACAUGCAGUUGCCCCAAUAAUUCAUGACUUCACAGGAUGAGCCUUUCAUCUGUUCAGAAGUUCAAACUAUGCUUGACUCUUCCUGGGUCAUGAGGACUCUUUCCGUGAGCUGUGAUACUAUCUCCAAAUGUUAAGCUAAGGUCUAGAGAGGGGGAGGGAGUAGCCAGUGAGGUUUUCCAUUCUCUCACUUCAGAAUAAAAUGAGAUUUGUUUUAUAAGGUGCUACUUUCUCUCCACCUGGAGUCCUCUGAAGCCUCCUUUGCUCUUGGCUAAUGGAAACAGAUAGAAAUAAGAGGAAGAAUAGUGUGAUCAUUUUUUGAGACAAAUAUCUUAAGGGAUUUUAAAUGCUUUCUUUUUUAAGUCUACCAUGUCUGUAUGAAAAUCCCAUUUCAUUGUCAAUCCCUGUCUAAGAAGCCAUUCAAGUCAACAUAUCCCUGGUGAUAGAAAAAAAAAAAAAAAGAAUGAAAUAACCCUGCUGAAUCAUGCAGUAAUUUUCUUUAAAGCACAUAGUAGUUACAUAAAUAUAUAUAAAUAUAUUUUUGUUUAUAACUAACACAAGGCAGGCUCUUGUGGCUCUAAAGAGUGUAUUUUGUCCUCAAGACAAAACAAAUGCAAGAUACGUCACUGAGUUUCUUCCACAAUAUUGUAAAACAAUCUUUAAUAUUUUCAUGUUACUUCCACAAGUGAUGUAUUGUUGCAGCAUGUAUAAUUUCAAUGCCUAUUGGACCCACUGUUUCGUUCUUACUGACCCCUCCUUUCUUUAGUCAAAGAAGCAGUUGUAAACAUCCCUCCAGUAGAGUUCUGAUUUGUACUCUGAUUGCAAUCCAAAUGUUGAAAAAUUCCCAUAAGUAAAGAAAAGAAAGGUAUCAGUCAAGGAGGAACGUGAACUAUAUCCCACGACACAAGUUCAGUUACUGAGAUGUACAAGUCGACCAAUGGCUUGACCUGUAAAACAUUCACAUUCUGUGCCAAGAAAAGUCCUGGUGCUUACAAGGUGUCCAAAAGUGCACAUUCAGCAUUUACAAAACAAAGAUUCUCAGCAGUAGCACUUCACUGACAGUUUACCAUCUUGGUAAAAUGUCUACACUGGACAGCAGAGUGUCACGGUUGCAUCCCCAUGGUCUAACAUAAGCCAGGCUUCUUUUCUGUCACAUGUAUUUGCUUUACUCUUUGGAGUGUUUGAUGAUGGUAACUUUUCCCUAACCUUAGUUUUAAAAUGUCAGAAAAGAAAGAUAUAGGAGCAACAUGAUUGCAGGAUGUGAUGACAAUCUGUGCCCCAGCUAUGCUCAAGUUAUAUGAAAUAUCUCAGCUUACUCUUGUCCAUGUAGUUUUGGUGGGAAAGCAAUAACCAAAUGACUUGCCAAUGUAAUUGGUGCAAGUGGUAUUCUGCAGAUACAUAUGGUACACAUAGACGACUUCCUUUUAGGGUAAGGUAUGGAUGCUUUCAUGAGCUUUGGCAAUAAGCAUGGCUUCCAACAGCAAUGGACAGGAAGCCACAUAAAUGUCUUUCCAUAUGUUUCACUCCUUACGUAAUUCCUUCAAGCAGUAAUGAUAACCUUACACCUUUCAAAGUCCAUCUUCCAUUUUAGAUUAAAAAUAAUCAAUCAUUCAUUUAAAUGAAUAUACACGACCGUCUGAGUUGUUCAGUAUACCAAAUCACCAAGUAAUAGAAGGAAAACAAUUAGAAGCAAAGAGCGUGCUACAUUGUGUGGGGAUGUUCCAAGACAACUGAGAGGAUUAAGAAGUUCUGAUUUUGUGAAUCCACAAGGAGUAAGUUUCCUUUGUGAAACUCGGAUUCUGUUUGUGCUUCUCAUUUGUUGUUGAUUCAUGUACUUCAGAGGAAGGACAUAGAGGGUUUUCAGAAAUUUCAAAAAGGAGUCCAGUAUCUUUGCCUUUAUAUGGAUUAUGCACUACAAAGGAUAGGUACAAUUACCUUGGUCACAGUUCUGUGAGGACAAGGGAAGAAUGACAAUGGCGUUCUUAGAAGAGUAACAAUGAGAUAUAUACAACCUUAAAAAGAAAUUAUGAAAAUGAUGCUGCAAAGGAAUUUAGAUAUUUUAUCUUAAUUAUUUGCAAGAGCAGUGAUCUGUGAUCAGAAUUACUAAUCAAUCAACAGGCUAUUUAUUGGCUUGCUUGUGAAUGGUUGAGACCUUAAGGUGUAUUAAUAAGUAGAAAGAUAAAGGUUAAAGGUAAAGGACAAUCGAGUGCAAAUGUUUUUGCUGUAAGGUCUCUAAGGUAUUUAGUAGACUCUCAAAUAUAUGAUCUAGAGCAGUGCUGUCCACUAUUAUAUCUACUGGCCAGUUAUGGCUAGCGAUUUUUAAAUUAAAUACAAUUUAUAUUAAGUCCUCUGGUAAAAUUUCGAGUGAGCCAUAGCCACACAUGCUCAUGACUGUUCCUGUUGGCUACACACAACACUUCUAUCAUUGCAGAAAAUUUUACUGUGAAGUACUAUAAUGUUUCAAUUGAAGUAGUUGCCCCUGAAGGAAAUAGUGGAAGAAAGGAAAGAAGGAAAGAAGGACGUAGGAAUGACAAAAAGAAAGAAAGAAAAAAGAAAGAAAGAAAAAAAGAAAGAAAAAGAAACAAAGAAAUUUGACAGCUCUUAGACACAUCCAAACAAUUAUUUUCUUAUAAUCUAAGAGAGGACUCAUGAAGGAAUGAUGAGAAUACCAAUUGGCAUGGCUUUAUGUCUUUAUAGUGUGUCCUUCAAUAAAUAGUUCAAUCUCUAUGAAUAUCAAUUUUCAAAUUGAAAAAAAAUUAAGGAUUCUGUGCUGUCUUUUAUGCAAGAUUAUUUUUCAGAUUGAUUAAAUAUGCAGAUAUAAAGACUUUCAAAACCUUCUAUCAAUGGUAUCUAUAAAACACAUCUGUAAGACCAGUACCAAGUUGUACACAAAGGAAAAAAAAAAAAAAGUAAAUCAAUCCAGACAGCAGUUCAAGACAAUCAAGACAAUACAUUCUUAAGAAACUGUUGAAGCCCAUAGCAAAACUGCUUGAAUUUCUUUUUGUCCAUGUUUUCAUUGUUAUUGUUUUAGUUCGGUUUUUGGCUUUUGGUUUUUGGAUUUUUUUUUAUUUUAUUUUUGUUUGUUUGUUUGUUUUGUCCAUGUUUUUCUUUUCUGACUCUUUCUCUAAUUUGCCAAAUUUUCUGUGUCUCACCCACCUGCCUGGACUUUUUCUUCUUUUUCUUAUGUGGAGUCACCUAGUGACUCUUGCCUGUUCUGGUUUUCCACCUUAUUCUUUACAACAAAAGCAAUUCCAGGAUCUUAGCAGAGACUGUUUUGAAAUCAAAAUAAAUGACACUGCAAACAUAAGUUAUCUCAUAUUUAUUUUAUUACUAUUACAAAUGCAAGGAACUAUAACAUUAGUAUAUAAAUAUGGGGGAAACUUACUUUUGAUGUAAAUUCUACAAAUGCAAACUUUAUAACAAUAAAAUUAUUUUAAAGUAUGUUCCUGUCUAGAUAAUAUGUAGUAUUGGAUGGCAUAUCAUGAUGAGAAGACUAAGCCUUAGAUACAUACAAUAAUUGUCCCUGGUAUCAAAAGUGGGUUUGAACUUAAAAUUCUCAAUUGUUUUUUUUGUUUGUUUGUUUCCAUUGUUAUUACUUACAUUCUUUUGUAAGCAGUUAAAACAACCAACAUCUUGAAGUCAUAAUCCAUGAAAAAAUUAACUUUAUCUGCUAUAAGAAUGAUCUCUACAUCCAAAUCUAUAGUCUGAAACACUGAAACAAUCUUCUUCUAUGCCAUUACUGUUAUUCUAGUUCAAGUUCCUACUCUUAUAGGGUCCUUCUGUGUCCCCUCUCACACCUCCUCUGCUGUGGCCAUCAGGUUAACAAUCCUAUUUAUCUUUGUCAUUUAAAUGUUUUUCUGCCUUUGUUUCAUUCCUACUCAAUUGUAUUUGAAAACUAAUACUGUUUGUUGAAGAAUUUCCAAUCCAUAAAUAAUCACAGUUUUACCUGUUCAUGAAUACUAUUUGGAAACUUCUUGUCCCAAGAGGAUCUUAUCGGAAAAUAUUGUGAGAUCAGAUGUGUUACCUAUGACACACUCAUAUCAUUGUGUUUUUAUAAAGCACUUUACAUUUUA